AAAAUAUAAAGUAAAAUAAAAUCAACACCAGAAAUAGUUCAACUGUCUCUUUGGCUUUGCAAUCCAACCCCUCCUUCCUCCAUUGUCACCAACCAAAAACAUACACAUUUAAAGAAAAUUUAAUCAUGGUGCCAUUGGCAACCCAACCUACCGUAUUUGCACAAAACACGAACGUACAAAAAGUGCCUGAACGACCAACUACCACUACCACAACCACCACCACAUUCUCAUAUGCCGAUGCCUACUCCCAGAUAGUUCAUCGUCGUUGCAUCAAAACCCUUGCCACGCUUUAUGGCUUUUGUCUUUUGAUUUCAGUUAUUUUUCAAUUACGAUUCAGUUUAAACCGAGACUUCAUUACUAGUGUGCUUUCCAUGAAAACAAUUGGAUUCUCUCAGAUCUUCUUCAUUGCUCUUCUCCCUUUAUUUGCUUCUCGAUUUAUCACCAGCACUGUCCAACAAUCCAAUCUGCCCAAUGUCGCAUCCGAAGUGUUUGUCAUGUUGUCAAAUGUAGACAAUUGGAUCAUUACUGCUCUCUAUGCUACUUCUAGUUUUUUUAUUAUUCGCUAUUACAUGAGCUUACUCAUGGGCGAAAGUUAUAUUGAUUCCUUGUUUGUCAAUCCCCAUGAUCACCAUAUUGGAGCACGUCAAUUGAAUCAGGAUAACAUAUUUGUUACUUUUUAUGCUAUCUUGCUUGGUAUCAACUUUGCAGUCCGUACCAUUUAUGAACGACGAUCGAUUAUUGAAUUCCCCUCCGUUCAGCAAGAAGGAAUAUAUACUAUCAAGACUAGCAUCUCUUCCGUCUGCCGUGAAGCUACACAUAUUGCCACCCGUGUCUUUGUAUUUUCUUACAUAACUUACUUGUUCCUCAAUGGCAUGAUUUAUCACCAGGUUGCUGAAUUCUUUGGAAUGUACACACGUAUGUUGGAUUCACCUGUCCGAGGUUUCCAAUGGUACAAUCUUUAUAUGUUGACACGCACAGUUCUGGGUGGAAUUAUAGCUGUCAGCGGAUGGGAGUUUUUAGACCGCCUUUUUAUGGUCUUCUUCGAAGUUGUGGAGCCAGUAUCUACUUUGUCACCUAAACCUUUUGAGUGUCUCUUGUCAGGCCUUCAGAAUAACAAGGAUCCUUUAUUGCAGACAACAGCUUAUGCUGAACUUGCUCGCAUGGCUAGCAGAGACCCUGCUAGACGUAUAGAAAUGUUCCGUACGUUUGGCUCAGAUGUCAACGAUUCUGAAUGGAGUCGCAUCUCUGGCGAGUGUCUCAAGACCAUCGAGACGUUCCGUAACAAUAUUGCCAAGGAAACGAAUACCAAGAGACAGGGUACAUCUAAUGGUAUUUUGCCCCGUUCUAUCGAGGAACAACCCAUAAAACAAAUCAAAUUGAUCGAAAAGGACGUCUUUGCUGCUCCCAAAAGAGAAGUAGUCUAUCUCGAUGAUCGUUUAUCCUCAUUAUUUGUUAAGCCUGUUACUCUUGCAACUGGACCCAAAAUGCCCCCUGCCGAUGCUUCUGACCGUGCACAAAAGUUCAUUUCUACUGUACCAGAGAAUUUCUUGUUAAAGAUUCUCAAAUAUCUGGAAAACAAGUUUGAACACCUGGACUGGGUGAAGAAAUGGAAUACUCUGACUAUCAAGUCUCGGUACAAAUCUGUAUUUAACAACUAUUCUACUUUAUUAUUCUCCGUUGAGUCUCUUGCCAGCCUAGUGGCUGCUUCUUUGCAUGAGGAUCAAUAUGGCUAUGUCCAGCGAGACAUUGAAAAGAUUUUAGAUGUUCUGUUGGGUACCCUUGUAGAAUUAGAAGAAGUAGAACGUGUGAAUGAACUUGGAUUCCUGAUUACAGAUAUUAAGCAGGCCAUCUACACCAUUCGUUCUACUUUCGGUACAUAUCUUGAAGAUAUUAAAAUCCAGCAAAGAUACCAAUCCCACUGGAGACGGUUCCUUGAAUAUAAGCACUAAACCAAAAAAAAAACAAAAACAAAAACAAAACAAAGAGAAUUCAUCAUCUUUCAUUUUAUCUCUUGUCCAAUUGCUUAUUUUCUGUAAAUACAUAAUAUUUUUUAUUAUAAAAAAAAAAGAAAUGGAGAUUAUCAAGGUG